GCGAAUAUGGCGAAAGUGUGUAAGGGGAGACGAGAAUCUGUUUACGUCUCUCGUGCGAAUAUGGCGAAAGUGUGUAAGGGGAGACGAGAAUCUGUUUUCAAUUUCCACCUACUACCUCCAGCCCUCUUAUAUUCUUUUCCCCCGCACGAGGCUAGAGACAUCCGCUCCCGACAUGGCCGGUAAGAGCCGGGUUCCAGCAAAACCUUUGCUAAGUGGGAGCCCCAUUUUCUGAAAAUUGGGUUGGAGCCCCAUCAAGAAGUUGGGGUUACCUACGAUUCCUCGGCCAGACCCUUACUCCCUUCAUUGGCUCAGUGAUCAUGCUGCAAUGAAGGUGAACAAACAUGCCAAGGUGUCUUUUUCAAUUGGGGAUUACCACGAUGAAUUACUCUUCGACGUAAUUCCAAUGCAAGCAGCCCACUUGGUGCUGGGUAGGCCCUGGAAAUUUGACCGAAAGGUCUCUCACCAUGGCAAAAGUAAUCGCUACACGUUUGAGCUCAAGGGGAUCAAGAUUGCCCUUAAACUACUGCCACCCGACGAAGUUUGAGUUGAUCAAAUGCGAAUGACGAACAAUCGAGGCAAGGAAACGGGUCAAACGAAUGAUUUGCCGCCGUCUAAGGUGAAUGAGGGCAAUCUGAUGGUCAGACGACAUCUUCUGACUGUGCUUCCUGACAAGACAGUUCCGCGUCGAAGCAGGGAACGACGACCCUGUUCGCCGGUGGCCCUGAAUCACACCAAAUUGGGUGGAGCAGCUGGAGGCACAUCAGAGCAAGCAGCCAGUGUCAGCACCUUCCAAAGUCGCCCAGCAACGUGUAAAGACGAUGAAUUCCAUCUAAAGCGAGCUCACGAAUCCCAAAAGCCCAAUUCUGCCUCCAAAAGUGCCGAACAAUGAAGAGAAAGUGGAUUAAUAGAAUGUGGAGUUUGGGCACGAUUCGAAGCAAUCCAGCACUGGGAAUCUACUCUUGGGGUCUCAAGGAAGGUGUAGGAAGCAAGAAACCAGCUCGGUGACGCCUGAAAAACGAAACGCCCAAUUUUCAAGUUGGCUCGCCGGAUUCUGGAGAUUUGUGGGAGCUAGUAGAACUGAAUGCAAGCAAGAAAACUUCGAGACUCGAUUCAAGCCGAUUUGAGUACCAUCGAAGCUCAAAAACCAUUGCAUUCGAUUCGUGGGAGCGAGUAGAACUGAAUGCAAGCAAGAAAUCGGAACAAGAAGGCUUACAGCGGAAAGCCCCAAUUUCAAUGCGCUCAUCGAAAAAUCGGGUUUCGCCGGAAAGAAAGGUUUAUGGACUUAAUUUUUAUGACCCUGUUUGGGAUGAGUUUGUUCAUUCUUUUGCGUGUAGGAUGUUCCAAGCUUUGAGGUCAAAGCUUUUUAAAGAAGGGGGCUUGAUAUGAUCACAAGUCGGGCAGGUUUCAAGUUCCAAUUAAUCGAUCAAAGAUCGAUUCAAGUUGACAAGUACAAAGCUGGAAAAUUUCCAAGUGUUGGAACAGUUUUGGGAACCCCACUUUGUAGGCUUGGUUCUCCCAAUUGGUCGACUGAAAAUGCAAGGUCAAGGGAUUGUUUUGAAGUUUGGAUAUUCCUCUAUAACUUGGUGCACUUGGAUCGUGGAAAGGAAGCCAGAAGGGUUGGAUUGCAAGCCGUGAAAAAACCAUAUCUUGCAGCUGGAAAUCUACCUGUUUUUGACUAAGGCAGAAAGACAGUUUGAGGUAGCAACUUUGAGCUCGAAUUCACGAAGUUUGGGACACAAUCAGCUAGAUCUUGGAGUUGGAAUUGAGAGAGUGAAACUUUCUAAACCUAGGGAAUGAAUUGGCUGAGCUCGACUCAACCCAGAAGGCCAUUUUCCAGGAGCUAGAAGUUGGUACAAGGACUGAUUUCCGGGACAAUUGCUUGUUUUCCUUUCCUUGUUUUGUUUGUUAUUUGUUUCAUUGUUCAAUUAGGAUUGUGUUAAGUUGUUCUCAGCUAUAAUUAGCCUCUUUAAUUGAUUGUAAUGGAGGUAUUAAGUUUAAUCGAAAAGUACUCCGAGGAGUUUUCCUUGCGCUUGAGAGCUUGAGUUUGGUCUGGGAUUUUCUAUCCUUGACUUGCAGACCUUGAGAUCAACUCCAUUCCAUUGAUCUCGUCAUGUUUUCUACCCAAACCAGUUCCUUCCCCAACGUGUUGAAGUUGCUAGUUUGGUUGUUCACAAAACCCCUUCCCCUGUUACUAUGAAACCAUCAUCAUUCCAAUCCAUCCAUCCUAGGUUGCGUAUUCUGAUUCGAACCCUAUCUAGGGCUCAUCAGAAAACCUGCAACCUAUGGAGAAUUUCUAUAUAUAUAUUCUGAUAAUAUUCUUUCUACUUUACUUUCAUCAUGUAGGUCUAAUUUGACAGGGAGAGAAAAUAAGAUUUUGAAGGACCAAGAGGUCUCAUUUUAAAAAAGAUGAAAGACCUUACUUUCGACCAAGUGAUAUCAACCUCUAUUAUGUUGCUAUAUUAUUCUUUAAACUUACAAACGUGGCUGAAUAGCUUUGGUUCCUUCAUCUUUUUAUGAACUGGCUUGUAUCAUGGUUGUUAAGAUUCGACAAUUCAUUCGUCAUGAUUUGGAAAAAUAUACAACUCUAAUAUGUCUUUGUGUGGUGGCAAUGUAGUUGCUAGGUUAACUUUUCCUAAGAGACUAUUAUGUCUCAUUAUUGUAUUUAUGCUCUAGUUAGCUGUAACUUGAUGUUCCCUCCUGUUAUUUAUUUCCUGUAGUCUGACAUUUGUCUUUGAUGGUUUUUUUUGUUGUGAAUAAAAGAGGACAACCAUUAGAAAAAAACCAUAAAGUUGUAUAGGAAAGAGUGUUUCAUAAGUAAAAUUAGUAGCAAAAACUCGGCACAAAUCAAAAGUCAGAAGGUAGUGAAAGAAAACCUAAAACAUGUU